AUGGCCCAACUUCUGCCUUCUCCAAUCACCACUGUGCCUGCCAGCCGCCUCGUUUUUAACGCGCCGUUUGACGUGGAAAGGCCCUACAAACUUGUCAUAAGAAAUGUAGGGCGAAGGAAAGUGGCCUGGGCGUUGGGGCUGAGUAAUAAAAUAGAAAAUAACUUCCGAAUCGAUGACAACUGUGGCGUAAUAGAUAAGCCACAACAACAGGCGACAAUAAAAAUACGCCUCAAUGCCGGUAUGGAGCCGAAGCACAGAAAACGUUUUGGAUCUUUUGGAUGAUUUCUUUCUUGAUGAGAUGAAGAAUGCUCAGAAUUCUUAAUGUGAAGUCAUCUCUACUGCCGUUCAACCCGGUAUUCCACUGCCUGCAUUUAGUGCUUUUAUUAUGUAUUUUUUGAUUGUUAUCGUUCUGAAGCUUUACCAGCUAAUUUAUUACGGGCGUGACUAUUUUGGUGCUCAUUGUUAUCAACUUCUUUCUAAUCUAGGAAUUGCUUUACAUACAAAUUGGACAGGAAAAGGAAGACGAGUUACAUCGAAUGCUUAUUCUGCUUAAUUUUAAUAGGAAAGGAAUUUUCUUUUAAUUUUUAUAAUAGUUUGUUUUAUAUUGGGGUUGGGGUUUUCGAGUCGGGCCAUAUUUUUUCAAGUCAUUUUUUCGGGCCUCAUUUUUAUCGGGCCGGCCCGACCGAGUCUUUUUCGGGCCAAAAUUGGAAGCCCUACUUGAAUUUUCGGCCCGGACCGGGCCUGCAACCCUAAUUUUUAUUUACAUUUUUCAAUUUUUCCGAAAGCACAGAAUUUCAAUUUUAAAUCAUU